GAGAGAGAGAGAGAGAGAGAGAGAGAGAGAGAGUGCGAUGAAGAGAGAGAGGGAGAGAGCAAAAGAGAGAGACAGAGAGAAAGAGGCGGAGAGAGCAUGAGAGAGAAGAGACUGGGAGACAGAGGCAAACAGAGAGUGAGGGAGAGAGAAAGAAAGAAAAAGAAAUAGAGCGAGAGAGAGAGAAAAAGAGCAGGGAGAGAGCUAGAGAAGGGAGAGAGCGAGAGAAAGAGAAGGGAGAGAGUAAGAGUAGGGAGAGAGCGAGAGCGAGUGAGACGCUGACACUGAGAGAGACGCACCCUGUAAAAGAGGCAGAGUCAACAGCUACAGCAACAGAGCUCCCUUUCUCUCUCACACACAGACAGAGAACCAGACCCAUUCCAGGGGAGACGGUGAGCACACACCCCCACUGAGGAGCACCGACUCUUGGGAGGAGAUCCCACACCCCGCCCCUCCUCCGUCUGUGUGUUUUUGCAAAAAAACUGGAAGAGAGACGUAGGUGAGAGUGAAGGAAGGAGGGAUGAGUGGCUUGUUUGGCACAGCUGCUGAUGCUAGAGGCUGAGAACGAGGGACGCUGAGGAAGAGAGAGAGAAAAGGGAUCUGAAGACCAGAGGAUUGGAGGAGAGGAAGACUGGCACGUGUAGAGCUUCUCAAACAUAUGGACAGAGACAAGAGAGGGACACAGUGUCGGGGAACACACACACAAACACACACACAUCACACGCACAAACAUCACACACACAUCACACACACACACACACAGGCACCGAUGAGGAGGGAACAGGGACCACACUUCAGUCCUGGCGAAUCACUGGGAUUGGGGCCUGGUCGGAUGUCAACCCUGAAUCGCUCGCGUCCGACUCAUUGAAGAAAAACUCUUUGUCCAGUUUGAGGUGUGUGGUAAACUGACCCGGCCUGUGAUAGGCUAGGAGUCAGAUCAGGACCACCAGGGCCAUGACUGGCUCCCCGGGCAUCAGUGGGCAGUCCCUGUCACCAUGGCGGUGGCUGAGUUGCUGGGGGCCGGUCCUGCUGCUGGUUACCAUGACAACCCUACUGCCAGGUUGUUGCCAGGCAUGCCCUCCACGGUGCGAGUGCUCGGCCCAAAUCCGGUCCGUCUUGUGCCAGCGGCGGCGGCUCACCGGCAUCCCAGAGGGCAUCCCCACGGAAACUCGCCUCCUGGACCUCAGCCGGAACCGUCUCCGCUGGGUGGAGAUGGGUGACCUGGCGCCGUAUCCGCACCUUGAAGAAGUGGACCUGAGUGAGAACCUCAUUGCCACACUGGAGCCCAACGCGUUCGCCAACCUGCAGAGCCUCCGGGUGUUACGGCUGAGGGCGAACCAGUUGAAACUUGUACCCAUGGGGGCCUUCGCCAAGCUGGUCAACCUGACCACGCUGGACCUGAGUGAGAACAAGCUGGUGAUUCUGUUGGACUACACCUUCCAGGACCUAAGGAGUCUAAGACACCUGGAGGUGGGAGACAAUGACCUGGUCUACAUCUCUCAUGAGGCCUUCUCUGGCCUGCUAGGGGUGGAGGAUCUGACCAUUGAACGCUGCAACCUGACUUCCAUCUCUGGCCAGACGCUGUCCUACCUACGCAGCCUGGUCACUUUGCGACUACGCCAGCUCAGCAUCCCCUCCCUGGAGGACCAUAACUUCCGUAAGCUGGCCAACCUCCGGGGGCUGGAGAUUGACAACUGGCCUUACCUGGAAUUCAUCUCCCCCCUGAGCUUCCAGGGUCUGGACCUGUACUGGCUGUCCAUCACCAACAGCAACAUCACCUCCGUCCCCUCGUCCUCCUUCAGAAACCUGAUCCACCUCACCCAUCUCAACCUGUCCUACAACCCCAUCACCACCCUGGAGCCUUGGGCCUUCAGGGACCUACUGAGGCUCAAAGAGCUGAUCAUGGUGAACACGGGCCUGGCUACGGUGGAGCCCCACUCCCUGGGAGGCCUCAGACAGAUCCGGGUCCUCAACUUCUCCUCCAAUGACCUCCAGACUCUGGAGGAGGGAUCGUUCCACUCUGUCAACAGCCUGGAGACGCUGCGGGUGGAUGGGAACCCACUGCUGUGUGACUGCCGUUUGUUGUGGAUCCUGCAGAGACGCAAGACCCUCAAUUUUGACGGCAGGGUGCCUGUGUGCGCUGGGCCGGUGGAAGUGCAGGGGAACAGCCUCAGCACCUUCACCGACUCAGCGCUCUUUGAUCACUUCACCUGCCAGAAGCCCAAGAUACGCAACCGCAAGCUUCAACAGGUGACAGCUCGUGAGGGCCAGCCAGUGAGUUUCCUCUGCAGUGCCGUGGGAGAGCCCGCCCCCAACAUCAUGUGGAUCUCCCCUCAGCGUCGACUAAUCACAGCCAAGAGCAAUGGCCGCAUCACCGUCCUCCCAGGAGGGACGUUGGAGAUCCGCUAUGCUCAGGUCACUGACAGCGGCACCUACAUGUGCAUCGCCAGCAAUGCCGGGGGCAAUGACACUUACUUUGCAAUGCUCACGGUUCGGGGCGCGCCGAUGGAUGCCUCGUCGGCCUUCUUCGCCAACCGCUCGAUGUACGGCGGCGAGUUCUUCAACGACACAAAUCUGAAUAGCACUCGCGUCUUCCUCAAGUUCACCCUGGACCUGACCACCAUACUGGUCUCCACGGCGAUGGGCUGCAUCACCUUCCUGGGCGUGGUGCUUUUCUGUUUCCUGUUGUUGUUUGCAUGGAGCCGGGGGCGGGGCCAGCGUAAGAACAACUUCACCGUUGAGACCCCUUUCCGGAAGGCCGAGGGACCGGCGGCGGUGGGUGGCGCCGGAGGUGCCCGGAAAUUCAACAUGAAGAUGAUAUGAUACCAUGCAGCCAGGGGUCACUCGGGGGUAUAAGCACAUCCUGGAAACGGGGGAGGCAUAAGCACAUCCUGGAAACGUGUUUAACAAGACACACACAGCGCUGAAUCGCAGAGUAAAGAAAUAAAUAAAAAUAAAAUGCAUACAGUAUUCACACAUGGCUGGUAUUCACCAGGACCAGAUUCGGUUUGAGUGGAAAAACAUGAUGACCUUUGACCUCACGGCCUCCUACUGGUUUUACUCAGCUCGUGGUACAACGUUCCGUUUAUAUUUUCGAAAAAAUAUAACAUUGUCAUUAACCAGGUUUCCAUCCAACCCGUAUAUAUACGAGUAAAGUACAUGUCGGAUAAAAUAUGUCAUGCCAAGCCUGGAAACAUUUGUUGGUUUCAAACUUUCCAAAUGUCGACAAAAAUAAAUACGCUAGACGAGGUGGGAUCUUUUGUGUCUGAGGCACGCGAUGACAUGGUGUGUGGUCCUACUACUCGUCAGUACUACUCGUCAGGAAAGAACGCAGUUUAUUAGGCUACAGAUUAAAUCAAUUAUAAAUGAUGAUGAACUUCACAGGGUGGUAAAAGUACCAGGUGAUGAGCUUGAUGCUCCUUUCCAUUAAAUGUUGAGGGUCUUAUUCUGGUCACAUGAUGAUCGAUGCUUGUCUGCUGUUUGACAAAUACAAAUAAUCUCACUCUUUCAUCCAUAAUAAUCUCAUCAUGUAGGCUAUACCCACAUGGUAUCUGCGAGCUGUUGGCUAGACAGCAAGAACCAAUAGAUGCUAUAUAACGCUAAUUUUUCGGGAUGAUAAAACCAUCAUUAGAGUUAAAAAUGCGAUGGAAAACAUGGGAA